AUUUGAAGCAUAAAUAUGUGUGAUUCUCCUGGUAGAUGACCUUGUAUGUUUGUUCAUUCGCUGUCAUGAUGAAUGGAGGUCGCGGCGGUGACUUGCCAUCUCAGUCUCUUAGUAGUCAUGGUUCCAACUCUUCUAUGCAACGGAGGAGGAAGAUCAAGGACCAGACAUGCUUUUGCGGGUUGAAGACAAUGAUCAAGAAAUCUGGUACAAGAGAGAAUUCAGAUAGGUUGUUUCACACUUGUGCAAGAUACCCGAAGGGAAGUCAUUGUAACUUCUUUAGGUGGGUUGAUGAUGAUGGGUAUGAAGCAGGGGCAGAAACUGAUGUAGUGGUUGGCAGUGACUAUGAUGAAUGGAGAUUGAAUGUGUCAUGGAGAUUGGGUAGCUUGGAAGGUGAAGUUAGAGUAAUGAAGAUGCUAAUAAUAUACAUUUCAGUUGCAAUGAUUGUGGCUACUGUCAUUUGUGCAUCACUUUUGUUCACAUGUAUCUCCAAGUAAAGUUACACAUGGAGUGUUAUGUUGUUGUGCUUUAGGGGUGUUGUUAGAGGU